GAGAAGUGGGGAUUUUGAAAGGAACCAUAUAAGGAGAAGUGGGGAUUUUGAAAGGAACCAUAUAAGGAGAAGUGGGAAUUUUGAAAGGAAACAUAUAAGGAGAAGUGGGGAUUUUGAAAGGAAACAUAUAAGGAGAAGUGGGGAUUUUGAAAGGAACCAUAUAAGGAGAAGUGGGGAUUUUGAAAGGAACCAUAUAAGGAGAAGUGGGGAUUUUGAAAGGAACCAUAUAAGGAGAAGUGGGGAUUUUGAAAGGAACCAUAUAAGGAGAAAUGGGGAUUUUGAAAGGAACCAUAUAAGGAGAAGUGGGGAUUUUGAAAGGAACCAUAUAAGGAGAAGUGGGGAUUUUGAAAGGAACCAUAUAAGGAGAAGUGGGGAUUUUGAAAGGAACCAUAUAAGGAGAAGUGGGGAUUUUGAAAGGAACCAUAUUAGGAGAAGUGGGGAUUUUGAAAGGAACCAUAUAAGGAGAAGUGGGGAUUUUGAAAGGAACCAUAUAAGGAGAAGUGGGGAUUUUGAAAGGAACCAUAUAAGGAGAAGUGGGGAUUUUGAAAGGAACCAUAUAAGGAGAAGUGGGGAUUUUGAAAGGAACCAUAUAAGAAGAAGUGGGGAUUUUGAAAGGAACCCAAUAAGAAGAAGUGGCGAUUCAAAGGAGUCUUUUAACACUAGAAGUGCUGGAAUUCCAUAACUGCUAGAACUGAAAUGACUUGAUAUUUCAAUUAUUAUUAUUAUUAUUUAAAAUAUUCAAUAAUAAAUCAUGUAUUGUUCAAGUUCAGGUAUCUAACGUUAGCAAGUAUUUACAUUUACGAAAAACGUAACGUUACAUACAUGGUUACCAGUAGGUAACGUUCAAAGACACAGCUCACAAUGGGUGAAUAGACAGUAAGGAAUUUUAGUUAUCCCCCAAAAAUGUCAUCUCUGCAGAACAUUAAUGACAUCCUGAGUGGCACCUUUCAAAACCCACACUUCUCCUUAUAUGGUUCCUUUCAAAAUGUCCACUCCUUUCGAAACCCCCACUUUUCCUGAGAGAUGACAUUGUAGACCCUGAGGGAUGACUGCUCUGAGAGAUGACAUUGUAGACCCUGAGGGAUGACUGCUCUGAGAGAUGAUGUUGCAGCAGGACCCAUCCAACUUUCCAGUCCUGCUAAGCAUUCAAAAUAACUCAGGGGAACUCCUCCAGAAACAGCAGCAUAAAGAAGUAGGCUAACUCAGGAGUGAGAAUGAUGGGUGAGACACCGGUCAGGGAGGAUGGCACAGUUACAAGGUCAGCUGAGUAUGUUGGGUCUUUUCAUGUGGACGACUGCUGUUUGGACGAUCAGAUGCAGCAGUUGCACACACAGCUAAAGUCUCUCAAAACAUGCAAGAAAAGGAGGCCUGUGUCCCUUAAAUUUUCCAUCAAAGGGGUGAAGAUGUAUGAUGAAGAUGAGACGACCCUCCUCAUGGCCCAUGCUCUACGAAGGGUCUCCCUUUCCACUGCCCACUCCACGGACGCCCAGUUCGCCUUUGUUUCCCACAACCCCGGCAGCCCUGAUGCCCAGCUAUACUGCCACCUUUUCAAGGCUAGGCAUGCCAGAGCAGCCCAGUUCCUGAACCUGUUGCUGUGCCGCUGUUUCCAGCUGUCCUACCUGGCAAAGCACCCAGAGGAGGCGCGGGAUGAGUCUGUCGGCCCACUGCCGAGCCGUGCCCCCUCCCUCCUCAACCAGGGCUUCCCUCUCUGUGUCAGUGCCCUUGUGUCAUUCCGAAGGGCCCCCACUCAGGGCUUACUCCCAGGGGAAAAGGUCUUCCCAUUGAAGAACAACGGAACAACAACUGAGGAACAACCGAGCAGCCAAGAGGAGGUCUUCAACUCCUCUCCUUCCCUGGUGCGCAAGAGAGCCAUCCGCAACAAAGUACUGCGCUCAGGAGCCUAUCGCUCCUUCACUUACAGCCCUCACAAACAACGUCCCCUCCAGGAUCAGCUAAACUCUCCAGAAGGGAAGGGGCAGGACAAAAUGCCAGUGAGGAGAGCCCGGGCCCCAAGCCUUGCUGAAACAGAAGAAGCUCUGGCUCAAGCAGUGUGGUGUUGGGCUGGCAUUGCCACUGACAGCAGCUCCUCCCUGCUUGCAGAGGAUGUCCUGGGGUCGUACCUGCUGUGCCCCCAUCCUAAGAGAACUGGCUGUGGCUCUCUCAUAAUUCGUUUCUCUUCUGGACUGGUCACCCACCUCAUAAACAACACCUCCAAUGGGAAAUACAUGCUUGAGAACUGCCACAUAGAAUUUAGCACCAUUGCUGCCUUGAUAGAGCACUGCACCGAUAUCAAGGGGGAGCUGGACUGUCCGCUGAGUUGUGCCCGUGUGAACCACUGCUAUGAGUGGGAGGAGAACCUUGCUAAGGCACUGCCUUUAGCCUUACACCAAGGCCUCAAAAGAAAGAAUGCAAAAUAUACCCAGAGGAAACACUGGGUUUAAAAGUCAUUUCUGAUCAUUGGAUUGAUCAAUGUAUCUCAUUUUCUAAAAGACACUGACCAUAUGUUACACUGACACCUUAAAUAUAAUAUAAUUCAUUAACUUGCAUGCUUCACUUUUGUUAUUGUUUUCAGAUUUCUGAUAGAAACACAACUCUAACUAUCAAAUUUACUUCCAGCAGGUGAAUUGUGAUGAGUAGAGUAACAUUUUGACACUUAGCCUCUGGGAUGUAGGGCUGUUUUAAUGUCAAAAAGCUAUGUGUGUUUGAGUAUAUUCCUCUAUGUUUUAGCUGCACCUACUUUACUUCACCUACGUUUCAAUGAAAUUAUUUUAAUACAUUUUAAUUACAUUAUUUUAAAACGUAGGAAUAUUACGUGUGUGUUUGUAUAGACUAUAUAGGGACAUUUUUUAAGGAUUAAGCAGACUAAGGUUUUUUUGUACAUUAACUCUGACUCAUGUUAAGCUGUCUUUUUGAAUUUUAAAGUGUUCUGUGAGAACUAGCAGUAUUUCUUCAUUUUGAUUACAGAUAAAUGUACUUGCUGAAUGAAA